UGUCAGACAAAAAAAAGCCGCAAGUUGAUGCACAUGGGAUUGAAGGGUUGCCCAUGGCCUUACGGUUCCCAAUCCCUACAUACAUGAUUCAUUCCCAUCCCCAUUUCCCAUUUUCCAUCUUCAUUCACAACUUCCACUGCAAUUCCUCAAUAAUCCAUCAAAACCCUCAUCCGAUACUUUUGAUCCUUCCCUCAGAUUCUUAAAAGUAAAAUCUCAUAGACAGUUUAACACCAAUUUCUCAAUACAUGAUCGUUAUCCGCACUGAUUCUGGGCUCUCUCUUGUGGAAUAAACAAUGGACUUUGGAUCUCAUUCCACAUAUCAAUUUCAAGGAAUCAUGAUUGUGUUAAUUGGUGGUGUCUGGAGUUUUGGCUUAGGAUUGGAAAUACCUGCUCUGUAUUCUGAAAGGGGAAUAGCAAAGAUUGGAAUGCUUAGAACUGAUGGAUAGUGUAUAAGAUAUGCGAAUCUUUCAUCUUCUUUAGUGUUUUUAGUUCAAGUAGAUUAUUUGAAUUGUGUAGUUGAUAGAAGUGUGGUGUAGUGCAUAAGGUAGUAAUAGAUUAAUAGAUUAAAGGUUUUUCACAAGUUUAAGAAGGAAAAAGAAUCUUGAAUAUGGGUUUACCUCAGGUCUCCAAUAGCAACAUUUCAGAGGAAGCAACAGCAUCAUUUAGCACUUCAGUCCAAUCUAUGCCUCAUUUCCAUGGAUUAAGCAGCUGUGACAUGAGUGGAAUUCAUGUCAAUCGUGUCCAAGGAGAGCUUUCAAGAGAAGAAAACAGAGAUAGACAUGUAAAUUGGCAGAGAUUAAGUUCUGGAGAUAAUAUUUCAACUUUCACACGUAAAACUGGAAGAAAUGUCCAAACUGCUGUGUCCAGAAUCGUGGGCUUUGAAUCAAAAGCAUCAAGUUCUCCUUCUUUUGCAUUCGAUGGAGUACAAACUGAUAAUCUCCCCUCUAAUAGCAACGAUAAUGCAACAGAAAACAGUGGAGCAAUAGUGAGGAGAAAGCUCAUGUCACCAUUGAAUAGCUUGAUUAUACCAAGUCAAUUCGAUAGAAACUUUCAAGAAACCAAUGACACUAAGUGUGUGACUCCUUUUAUUCUGUCAACAAGUCAAUUCGAUAGAAACUUUCAACAAUGUAGGAAUCCAGGAAGUGUAAGUUUUGGGAGAAGUUGUGGUUUUUUCACUGAUGGGCCAUUGCUUGAGAACACAGAUGCUCGAUCUUUUGGUUCUUUAUCAUCUUCACCAGGAUUAGAUAGCAAUCAUAGCAUAGAAUCUACUACAAUAAGGUCUUUGAAUUCACCCAUUGCUAUACCUUCAAGAAAAGUGGUGUCAUCUCCUCUAUCUUUAUCCCCACUUGGUCCUAAAUUCUCUAGAACACCAAAACUUUCUAUGAAUAAUGACAUAGAUGAUAACCAUCCAACUUUGAAGGAUAUUGAAGUGUCUCUUAAUGGCACAAUCUCUGAUAUUCUAGAUGAAGAUUCUAGAAUGGUUAAAAAGUCAACUUUAGAAGUCAACCAAAGUAUGAUUGAAAUGGUUGGGGAUUGGGGUCAAGAAAGUCAAGAUUCAACCUUUUCUACACAAUGUUCAAAGUUAUGUAGGACUCCAAGUGGUUUACAAGUGAGAAGAUCAUGGAUUGGUUCUUUUGAGGAGUCUUUGUUAUCAGGUCGUUUAGCUUCUGGAACAAUCAGCCAGAAAAUUGAUGGGUUUCUUGCUGUUUUGAAUAUUACUGGAGGAAGUUUUUCACCACGCCCUCAGAAACUUCCGUUUGCUGUGACAAGUGUUGAUGGGGAUAACUUUUUGUUAUACUAUUCCUCCAUUGACCUUGCUGCUGAUGUGGCAUCAAGUAAACAAAAAGGUCAGAAAAUGAAGAAGAGCCUUAGCAUUAUUGAUGAUUCUCAUAUGGAAAAAAGUCGAUUGAGGAUACCUAUGAAAGGUCGCAUACAGUUGGUCCUCAGCAAUCCUGAAAAGACUCCAAUUCACACUUUCUUCUGUAACUAUGACUUGACUGACAUGCCAGCUGGCACCAAGACGUUUAUGCGCCAAAAGGUCACUCUAGAUUCUAAAACAGGGGCACAUGUUAAUAAUAAUAAUAAUAAUAAUAAUAAUAAUAAUAAUAAUAAUAAUAAUAAUCUUGGUUCACCAAAAGUGAAUGAAAACUCUAAUUCCGGUGUCUUGCGUUAUGCUCUUCAUCUUCGAUUCCUGUGUCCAUUUUCUAAAAAGAAUUCGAAAAGUGUUCAGAGGUGCAAAUCAGAUCCUUUGUCUACUCCGGAAAAGAAUCGAAACCUUGGAAUGGAAAGACGAUUUUAUUUGUAUAACGACAUGAGGGUUGUGUUUCCUCAACGCCAUUCCGAUUCCGAUGAAGGCAAGUUACAUGCGGAGUGUCAUUAUCCAUCAGAUCCUAAGUACUUUGACAUCAGUGACUAAAAGGUCUGGUUUCAUUUCAUCUUUUUAGAUUACAAAUCUGUGAAUAUUUUUCUUUUUAAAAAAAUAAAAGUACAAUAUCUAGUCUUCUUUUAUGAUGAUGGAAACUCCACACAUCACUUGCUGUAUAUAUUUUCAUUUAGAAGUUAGAAUUUCUCAUUGAAGCCUUGUCCCCACGUGUAAAUAUGUACAUUCCUUCAACAAAUAAUUCAAAUUUCUUCAAACACAA